AUGCCGUUAAACGAACUGACGAAGGAUUUGUUCAAGAAUGAAACACCUGGUUUGUGGGAUAAGACUCAUGUUGACGAAGGCGUUGUGCAUGGUCAUAUACAUAAUUAUAAUAAUAUGACUUACAUCCACGGUCAUAUUCAUCAUGGACAUCAGGACAGUAAUCAUAUCAAAACUGAAAAUAAUAAUGACGAUAUGCAUAUAAAUGAUGUAGAAAAUUUAGAUUGCCAACAUUUCGAGUUUUUCGAUUACCGUGGACAAAAUAGCAUAUUACCCAAUAAUGGCAGUAACACAGAUAAUAGCAUUAAUAAUAAUAAUAAUAUUAACAUUAAUCGGACCUUGGCCUACCCUGAUUCUCUAUUAUUCCGGAAUGAUAAAUUCGUGGGGAAGGACUAUUUUGCCAAUGAAACAAAAGUUGUGAAUACCACCGAUUAUAAGCGAAGGAAAUUGAAUAAGGAUGGAUUGGAAGAGGAAAAAGAUUGUUCUUGUUCCCCCAAGGAAUUGGAAGUAUGUUGUGACGUAGAUCAUGAAGAUGCCGCAAAUAAAGAAUUUAGUACCAUUUUACUGAAUACAAAUAAAGAUCUCUUAUUCGAUUUUCUCAAUUCUAAGGAUGAUCCGAUAGCGUUAUUCAAAGAUUCCGUCAACAAGAAACAAAUUUCUCAGAAUGUGAAUGAUGGCACUAAUUUAAACACUGUGCCGAGACAAGCCUCCUACAUCGAAUGUGGCUUAGAUUGUGAACCGCUCUGUCCCGCUGAUCAGGAUAAAUUCAAUUCAACAAGUACAAAUACUGAUAAUGAAGAUGAUGUUUUCGAUGAUUAUUGUCAAAUUUGUGUGCGUAACGGUACACCGAAGAAUGAGUGUAACCAUUUUCCGAUUAGCAAAAGUACUAAUUUGAAUGGUGCAGAUGAUUCAACACCUUCUUCCACGGUCUCAACUAGACAGAUUCAUAACCAAUAUCUUCCAAAUAAACAGACUGAUCUGCAAAUCCUAGAAGAUUUAUCCAACAUCUCGUCUCUGUAUGAGAUUCCUUUUGCUAAACAUAUGAAUCAUCAUCAUCAUCAUUCAUCUUCAGGUAUAAAGGCAAAAGACAGCAUAAAUUUGCUGGAACCACUUAUCAAAAGUGGUUCCUCACAGAUAUUCCACAAGCAAAACAAUAACUACUUUCAAAACAUCAAUACAAAUAACGAAGAUGGCAGCCAUAACCACCAUCAUCAUCACAUAGUUCAAUUGCAUAGUCAUAGUAAUGUUCCAAUGGUUCAGAAUGACAAAACAUUCAGUUAUGAAAGGGCCAGUAGCAUUGACAACAAUAUCUUUACUAAGCAUCCUAAUACUAACGUAAGCAAUAACUCAUCUUCCGCUGUGACACAAAAUAAUUUAUCUUUGGAUAGUAACAUCAUGAGCCCUCAGAAUACAAUAAAAUUCAAUUGGAAUUUUAAAAGAGAUGACAAUCCUGAGUUAAAAUGCAAAUGGGAAAAUUGUGCGCAUGGAUUCGAUAACUUAAUUGACUUACAGAAACAUCUCUUCAAGAAUCAUGUACCUAAAGAUGAAUCAUCUUUGUGUUACUGGCAUAAUUGUGAUUUUGAAGGUGAGGAUCUUUGUUCUUUAGUCAACCAUAUCAAUGAUCAACAUGGCAUAAAUUUUGACAUGAAAUUUGUAGAUUUAAAUGCAAAUGAAAAGGUAGAAAAUAAAAAGUUAGAAAACCAUGGGGUCGCCAAUUCGAAAGAGCAGCAAGCAACUUGUCGUUGGAAUAAUUGUAACCUGACGUUCAAUUCGAGUGAAGAAUUAAAUGCCCAUCUUGAGUCAUUUCAUUUAACAAAAGGUAAAUCCAAAUAUACCUGUUUUUGGCACGGUUGCAACAAAGAGUUUUCCCAAAGACAGAAAAUAGUCCGUCAUUUAAAGGUACAUUCAGGUUUCAAGCCUUAUAAGUGUGAAGUUUGCUCCAAAUGUUUCUCCAGUGACGAAACACUCAAACAACAUAGCAGAGUCCAUUCUGGAGAAAAGCCUUUCAAAUGUCAUUUAUGUGAUAAGAGUUUCUCUGUCUCCACUUCUUUGAAGAUCCAUAUUAGAACACAUACGGGUGAAAAACCAUUAGAAUGUAAAGUUUGCGGUCGGCGAUUUAACGAAUCUUCCAACUUAAGUAAGCAUAUGAAGACCCACGAACAUAAUUUCAAAUGUCCAAUUUGCUCCAAAGGCUUCAACACACAAAAAAGGAUGGAAACCCACAUGAGAUUCUGUAACGUGAAUAAUCUUGACAAGAAGUGUUGA